GGGGGUGCAGGUGCAGUCAGUUCCACCGCAGCUAGAGCUCCGAGUGGCCGUCUAAAAGCGGAGCUCGGGGGUGCGGUCGGCUUCACCGCAGUGUUCUCCGGCCGGGUGUCUCGCCGCAGCCUCGGGAGGGGAGACGGACCUCUCCUCCUUCUGUCAGAGACAUGUCUGCGGCAGCUCAGCCACCCACCGAAGGGGCAGAAGGGGCUGCCCCAGGUGGGGGUCCCCCUGGCCCUCCUCCUAAUUUGACCAGUAACAGACGACUACAGCAGACCCAGGCACAAGUGGAGGAGGUGGUGGACAUCAUGCGUGUAAAUGUGGACAAGGUCCUGGAGAGGGACCAGAAGCUGUCAGAGCUGGAUGACAGAGCCGACGCUUUGCAGGCGGGCGCAUCACAAUUUGAGAGCAGCGCUGCCAAGCUAAAGAGGAAGUAUUGGUGGAAAAACUGCAAGAUGAUGAUCAUGCUGGGAGCCAUCUGUGCCAUCAUCGUGGUAGUUAUUGUAAUCUACUUUUUUGCUUGAGAAUGUGCCACCCCUUCCCUGUUCUCCAUUGCCAUCCAAACUCAUGCCCUGUCCUGCUGUUUCUCCCCAGAACUUCCCCGUCUGCCUUCCCCCAUCCCAGCCCUGCUUCUCCAUCGCCCACUCCUCCCCUUGUGUUGCUUUCAUUUGCACUCUGUCCUGCGACACUGGAAAUGCUGCUUGUGGUGCAGUCUUGAAUUAACUACCCGAAGAACAACAGCUGGCACCUCCUUCCUACCCUCUCAUGUUCUCUCAGGUUCCCCCAAAGACAAAAGGAGUUGGAGGCCAAGGGAUGGGGAAAGGGGCGUAGCUGAGGUGACAUGCUCAAGAAGGGGCCAAGACUGGGACGAGGAGAAGAGUGUUGUGCCCAUGGUGUUGCCAGAAAAGGCCAGGCUGCUGGCCGGAGGAGGCUGGGAGCAGCUGGGAGGAUGCCCCCUCACCUCUCCUGUGCCAGGCCUGCAAAGGAGCCUGGGCCAGGCCCAAAGUCCAGCUUGGUCCUGGUGCAGGACUCUUUUAGAAAGUCAAACCUGUUUUUCACAGUUAUUUCCCAUCUGUUAGUCCAAGAUCUUCUAUGUCUUCAGGGAUCUUACAACCUUUUACUUUGUCCUCCAGAGACCUGGAGAACACGUAUUAAUAGCGAAAAUAUCAGGACUCUCGUUCCCAUCCUAGAAACAGUCCCACAAGCUCAUACCUGGAAGGGGCUCUUGUCCACGUUUUCUACAGCAUUCUGUAUUGCUCGUGAAGGCAUCAAAUAAUUUCAUUUAGCCAAAGUUUGAGCCUCUCAAUUUUAGUUACUGGCAUAGAUAAUGAGAGAAUGCCCAUCAGUUAUAGAGAAACAGCGAGUCAAGGGUCUAAUCUGAAAAUACCAAGCUUGGAGGAAGCCACUUCUCACCCUCUUGUUACAAGCGUCCUGUACCUCCCUUGCUGUUGAUGGAGGAGGAUGAGAUGUCGGAGGGUAGGAGCCCUGGACCCUCUGGGAGCCCUUCCCCCGACGCCACCCCCGUGUACUUGCCAAAGGCAGGGCUGAGGAGAGAGGCCCUUCCUGAGGCCCGGCUGCUCCUGAGUGUUGGGAGUCUGGUGCCCCCGCCAGCCUUGGGGCGGAGGUGGAGCCGUCAGCAGACGGGCCUGCUUGUUGACUGCUGUGCCACCACGGCGCCUUCUCAUCUGGAGCGGCCUCUCUGUUCUUCCAGCAGUAUGUUCCCCUUCCAAAGCACCCCUGAAUUCCCUUUGCCUUCCUCCUCUUUGCAUGGUUUGUGGCACAGACAGUGGGACCUGGGGAUGGAGCUGCUCAGCCUGUCUUGGGGGCCAGUGCUGGGCUUCAGGAAAGGGCACUCAGUGGGACAGACCCCGGUGAGAGGGGAGGAGGGCCGGCUGGGAACAGAACGGGGACCACCCCACGUCCCUUCGUUCCUUCCAUCCACCAGUCCACCAGCAGGAGGAGGCUGGGCCAGGCUCGCUUUCCACGCAGCAGCAUUUCGUUCCGCAAAACCAUCCUUCCUCUCCCUUCGCCCUGUUCCCACAUUCCCUUCGUCCUGCCCCAGGGCGGGAUGGAAGAGCUGGACGAAGGCAGUCUGUGUACCCUCCUAACGGCCAGAGGCCCCUCGAAGGCCUCCACCCUCCUCUGGGCUCCCCUUGCCUAAUGCAGGGGGUCACCGCUGGAGAAGAACCACCACUGUCCUCGAUGUGUCCCAAGCCUGGAGCAAAUCCGCCCUCUUGGCCCGCCCCAUCACAGGAAUCACUUCUGCGUUUCUGUGCCAUCUGUCCCAGGUGUAGUUGGCUUUGUUCUUCUGGGGACGUUAGCCCUUCUACUCUCUUUCUCACCCUGCCCUGUACCCCCCUCUUCUGUGUCUUUGCCGCCCCCCUUCCCUCUCACCACCCAUGUGCAUGAGCAAAUAUGCAACUAAGCCUGGGGCUUGGCAGUCACGCGAGGCCGAGUCUCCUCGGCCCCUCUUGGGUUUGCCGUGGGACGAUGUGGCGUCCCCACUGUGUGUCUGUCAUCACCUCUCUGUCUUUUUUUCUAACCCCACUCUCCUACUUGUACAGAAAUAACAGCUGUACUUCCACCAAAGGCAUGUGGCGUAUUUACCAAUUUCCUGUAUUCUGAACAAAGGCAAAACAAAAAUACAACUUCCUACCACUAAA